AGCUUGCACAGGAGGAUCAAGCCCACGGCAGAGUCUCCAUGGAGGUGUGGAGCCUUGUCACCAACCUCUAACUGCAGAACUGGGAUGUGGAGCUGGAAGUGUCUCCUGUUCUGGGCUGUGCUGGUCACAGCCGCACUCUGCACUGCCAGGCCAGCGCCAACCUUGCCGGAACAAGCCCAGCCCUGGGGAGCCCCCGUGGAAGUGGAGUCCCUCCUGGUCCACCCCGGUGACCUGCUGCAGCUCCGCUGUCGGCUGCGGGACGAUGUUCAGAGCAUCAACUGGCUGCGGGACGGGGUGCAGCUGGUGGAAAGCAACCGCACCCGCAUCACGGGGGAGGAGGUGGAGGUGCGGGAUUCCGUGCCCGCCGACUCCGGCCUCUACGCCUGCGUGACCAGCAGCCCCUCGGGCAGCGAUACCACCUACUUCUCCGUCAACGUCUCAGAUGCUCUCCCCUCCUCGGAGGACGAUGAUGACGAUGAUGACUCCUCUUCAGAGGAGAAAGAGACAGAUAACACCAAACCAAACCCCGUGGCUCCCUACUGGACGUCACCAGAAAAGAUGGAAAAGAAACUGCACGCAGUGCCAGCUGCCAAGACAGUGAAGUUCAAAUGCCCUUCCAGUGGGACCCCUAACCCCACGCUACGCUGGCUGAAAAAUGGCAAAGAAUUCAAGCCUGACCACAGGAUUGGAGGCUACAAGGUCCGUUAUGCCACCUGGAGCAUCAUAAUGGACUCCGUGGUGCCUUCUGAUAAGGGCAACUACACCUGCGUCGUGGAGAACGAGUAUGGCAGCAUCAACCACACCUACCAGCUUGAUGUCGUGGAGCGGUCCCCUCACCGGCCCAUCCUGCAGGCAGGGUUGCCAGCCAACAAGACAGUGGCCCUGGGCAGCAAUGUGGAGUUCAUGUGUAAGGUGUACAGCGACCCGCAGCCCCAUAUCCAGUGGCUAAAGCACAUCGAGGUGAAUGGGAGUAAGAUUGGUCCGGACAACCUGCCGUAUGUCCAGAUCUUGAAGACGGCCGGAGUUAAUACCACCGACAAAGAGAUGGAGGUGCUGCACUUAAGGAAUGUCUCCUUUGAGGACGCGGGGGAGUAUACAUGCUUGGCGGGUAACUCUAUCGGACUCUCCCAUCACUCUGCAUGGUUGACCGUUCUGGAAGCCCUGGAAGAGAGACCGGCGGUGAUGACCUCGCCCCUGUACCUGGAGAUCAUCAUCUAUUGCACGGGGGCCUUCCUCAUCUCCUGCAUGGUGGGGUCUGUCAUCAUCUAUAAGAUGAAGAGUGGCACCAAGAAGAGUGACUUCCACAGCCAGAUGGCCGUGCACAAGCUGGCCAAGAGCAUCCCUCUGCGCAGACAGGUAACAGAAAGUAGAUGGGGGGUGUCGGCCGACUCCAGCGCAUCCAUGAACUCUGGGGUCCUGCUGGUUCGGCCCUCGCGUCUCUCCUCCAGCGGGACCCCCAUGCUGGCUGGGGUCUCUGAAUACGAGCUUCCCGAAGACCCUCGCUGGGAGCUGCCUCGGGACAGACUGGUUUUAGGCAAACCCCUGGGAGAGGGCUGCUUUGGGCAGGUGGUGUUGGCGGAGGCCAUUGGGCUGGACAAGGACAAACCCAACCGGGUGACCAAAGUGGCUGUGAAGAUGCUGAAAUCGGAUGCAACAGAGAAAGACCUGUCAGACCUGAUCUCUGAAAUGGAGAUGAUGAAGAUGAUUGGGAAACACAAGAACAUCAUCAACCUGCUGGGGGCCUGCACACAGGACGGCCCCCUGUAUGUCAUCGUGGAGUACGCCUCCAAGGGCAACCUCCGAGAGUACCUGCAGGCCCGGAGGCCACCGGGGCUGGAAUACUGCUACAACCCCAGCCGUCAUCCUGAGGAGCAGCUGUCCUCCAAGGACCUGGUAUCCUGUGCCUAUCAGGUGGCCCGAGGCAUGGAGUAUCUCGCCUCCAAGAAGUGCAUACACCGAGACCUGGCCGCCAGGAACGUGCUGGUGACGGAGGACAACGUGAUGAAGAUCGCAGACUUUGGCCUCGCUCGUGACAUCCACCACAUCGACUACUAUAAAAAGACGACCAACGGCCGACUGCCUGUCAAGUGGAUGGCACCCGAGGCCUUGUUUGACCGGAUCUACACCCACCAGAGCGACGUGUGGUCUUUUGGGGUGCUUCUGUGGGAAAUCUUCACUCUGGGCGGCUCCCCGUACCCUGGCGUCCCUGUAGAGGAGCUUUUCAAGCUGCUGAAGGAGGGUCAUCGUAUGGACAAGCCCAGUAACUGCACCAAUGAGCUGUACAUGAUGAUGCGAGACUGCUGGCACGCGGUACCCUCUCAAAGACCUACCUUCAAGCAGCUGGUGGAAGACCUGGACCGCAUAGUGGCCUUGACCUCCAACCAGGAGUACCUGGACCUAUCAAUGCCCCUGGACCAGUACUCCCCCAGCUUCCCCGACACCCGCAGCUCUACCUGCUCCUCUGGGGAGGAUUCCGUCUUCUCUCACGAGCCCUUGCCCGAGGAGCCCUGUCUGCCCCGACACCCGGCCCAGCUGGCCAAUGGCGGACUCAAACGGCGCUGA